CAUAAAGAAGAGUUGGUGAAACAAGAUGUUGGGAAUAUAGAAGAGAAACACAGAGAACAAUUUCCUUUAUGGUUUAAAAGGAAAAUUUUGAAAUUAUAUAAUAAGGACAAGUCAAUGUCUAUCAAGAAAUUAUAUCCUUUGGCAAUGGAAUCUGAUGUGCGUGGAAGAAAACAUACUGGCUGUGUUAUAAAUGGUGUUAGGUAUCUUAUUCAACGACGCGAUGAAUUACGUAAAAGUCAGAAUUGUGGUAUAGUUGUUGCAGGCUAUCAUGAAAAUGAGUUGAUUGAUUUUUAUGGUAUUAUAACUGACAUCAUUGAGUUAGAGUAUGUUGAUGAGAAUCGAGUUUUUCUAUUUAAAUGCAAGUGGUUUGAUCUUCGCAAGAAAACAGGGAUGCAAAAAGAUAAACAUUUUACGAGCAUAUGUGUUAAAAGAUUUUGGUAUGAACAUGAUUCUUUCGUACUAGCUACUCAAGCAAAACAAGUAUUUUACAUUGAUGACCCAAAAUUGGGGGAAAAUUGGCGAAUUGUGCUCAAAUUUCAAGAUAGACACUUAUAUGAUGUCCCGGAGAAGGAAAAUUCAGAGACAAAAAGUGAUGAGUCACAUAUUACAAAUAAUGAUGUGUAUCAAGACAUGUCACUUGAAAGUAAUUUGAUUGUCAAUGAUACGGUGGAUAUGUUGAGUAAACUACAUAGAGAUGAUGUUGAACCGAUUACCUUGGAUGCAAAUGUAAUUGAAUUGGAUGCUCAAACAGAACCAGAAGUUGAAGUUGAUUAUAUCGAAGAAGAUUCUGACCAAGAGGAUGACACUAUGGUAGAGUACAUAAGUGAUAAUGAGGAGAAUGAAGGUAAUAAUAGUACUAAUGAUGAUGAAGCUGAUAGCACAGGUGAUGGCGACGACAUUGGCUUGUGAUGUAACCUCAUAAUAG